UAGAGACAGAGAGGCCGGAAGUUGUUCUCACAUUGUACGACUGUUGGGGUGGUGGAGCUGAGGGGGUGCGAACAGUAUCUGCAGGCGGCCGAGGGUCGGCGUGACUGGCUCAAUGGCGUCUCGGGCAGGCCCGCGAGCUGCCGGCACUGACGGCAGCGACUUUCAGCACCGGGAGCGCGUCGCCAAGCACUACCAGAUGAGUGUGACCCUCAAGUAUGAAAUCAAGAAGCUGAUCUACGUGCAUCUGGUCUUAUGGCUGUUGUUGGUUGCCAAGAUGAGCGUGGGACACCUGAGGCUCUUGUCACAUGAUCAAGUGGCCAUGCCCUAUCAGUGGGAGUACCCAUAUUUGCUGAGCAUUGUGCCCUCUCUGUUGGGCCUCCUUUCCUUCCCCCGCAACAACAUUAGCUACCUGGUGCUCUCCAUGAUCAGCAUGGGGCUCUUUUCCAUCGCUCCCCUCAUUUAUGGCAGCAUGGAGAUGUUCCCCGCUGCACAGCAGCUCUACCGCCAUGGCAAGGCCUACCGCUUCCUCUUUGGUUUUUCUGCCGUCUCCGUCAUGUACCUGGUGUUGGUGUUGGCGGUCCAAGUGCAUGCCUGGCAGUUAUACUACAGCAAGAAGCUCCUAGACUCUUGGUUCACCAGCACACAGGAGAAGAAGCGUAAAUGAAGCCUGCCUGAUGGACUGACCUCUGGGGUGAAGCCUGGGCCGCCUCCUGAGCGGAGUGAGAGGGUAGAUGAGCUGUUCUGAAAUCUCCUUUGGUGAUUUUGGCAGCUGUGAUAUUGGCAACUAGUGCAAAGUAGACCCAAGUUCUGGAAAGCUCCUGUCGUCAGCUGAGGUGGCAAAACUGUAUUUAACUUAUUCCUGAUUGGCUGGAACUGGGUGAUGAAUAGCUGUAAGACAAACUUCAGCUAGUUGAAGUUGAGGCCCUUCAGGGUUUUUCUUUUAAGACUGAGCCUCAUCCUUGCUGCUUUUUGGUCGUUCUCCACUUCCAUCCAUUACCCCUUAGCCACUGAGAUGGAAGGAAAUAGCGAAUAAACCAAAUUCUACUUUAAUCUAUGGAUCAUUGGGCAGGAAACAUUUAGGAGGCUACUUCCUUUGGAAGCUGUGGUCUCUACUGUGAAGCAUUUUAAUUAAAAAGAACCUCAAUAAAGUUACAACUGCCUGUCCA